GAGAUCACCGCUUCCGGCGCCAGGACGAGGAAGUGCGGCCAGCCGGCAUCGGCGGGGAGCUUCCCAAAGCGUUAAAGAUUCUACUAUGGCUGCUACUGUGAAUUUGGAACUUGACCCAGUAUUCUUGAAAGCUCUGGGCUUCUUGCAUUCAAAGAGCAAAGAUUCUGCUGAAAAGUUAAAGGCACUUCUUGAUGAAUCUUUGUCUAGGGGCAUUGAUUCAUGUUAUCGUCCACAACAAAAGGAAGUAGAUCAGCCCAAAGUAUCCAUUCCAAAACCAGUUUCUGUUAAGACUGCUCCAAGCCUCCCUACAAGUAACAAUAAUGGGAAACCCACUGUAGUUGAAAAGGUGAAAAAAGAGGUGGAAAAGAGGAUUGUGGAUAAGAUAAAAGUGGAAAUCAUUGAAGGAGUUGAAGCAAAAAAACCAAGACUAGAAAAGCCAGAAGCUCAUGCCUCAUCAAUCACAGUGCAGACAAGCAAGGAUUUGCCCAUGGCAGACCUUUCUAGUUUUGAAGAAACUAGUGCUGAUGAUUUUGCAAUGGAGAUGGGUCUGGCUUGUGUUGUUUGCAGACAAAUAACUGUGACUUCUGGAAAUCCAUUAGUGGAAUGCCAGGAAUGUCAUAACCUCUAUCACCAAGACUGCCACAAACCUCAAGUGACAGACAAGGAAAUGAAUGAUCCACGGGUAGUGUGGUAUUGUGCAAGAUGUACCAGGCAAAUUAAAAAAAUGGCUCAGAAAACACAGAAGCCUUCCCAGAAGCCAGCUCCUGCUGUAGUGUCAGUAGCUCCAGCUGUGAAAGAUCCACUAAUAAAGAAACCAGAAAUUAAGCAAAAAUUGGAGACUACACCAGCCUUCCUGGCAUUUAAGAGGACAGAGGUCAAGACUUCGGCAACAAUGUCAGGGAACUCAACCACCGCCAGUGUUUCCUCCUCCUCAAACAGUGGCCUUACAGGAUGGGCAGCUUUUGCAGCAAAGACAUCUUCUGCAGGCCCAUCAACAGCUAAGAUGGGGUCUGCCACCCAGAGUACCAGUGGCAAGCCUGUCACUGGCUCAAACAAUCAGAAACCCGCUGGUUUGUCAGGGCUGGCCACAACCAAAGGCGUUGGGUCAAAAAUAACAUCUGCCAAUAGCACAAGCCCUGGCCAGUUGAAGCCACUACCACCUCUGACAUUGGGGAAAAUUGGUCUCUCUCGGUCUGUGAGCAGUGACAACGUAAGCAAAAUAGGCCUUCCUAAUGCAGGUAGUUCAACCCCAGGCAACAGCCCAACUCUUGGUGGAAAUGGCAGCAGUGUGGCAGCAGGGAGCAGCGCUAGCAAAUCAAGUUCAGAAUCGGGCAACCAGUCCCCAUCGCUGAAAGGUCCAACUUCACAAGAAUCACAGCUCAAUGCCAUGAAGAGGUUACAGAUGGUCAAAAAGAAAGCAGCUCAGAAGAAGCUAAAAAAAUAGCAGGUCUAUCUUUAAAACAAGAGAUAAUGCUAUCAUUAGUUUUAAUCUGCAAAGUGCCAGAUACUGUAAAAUCAAUGAUAUAUCAAUUACUGUUGUUUUCAUUUGGCACCCUUGUGUGUACUCACAAGAAUUCACAAGAAUUCAUAUAUUAGUAAAAAGUCCCAUUGGCUGAAAAGCUGCCUUAUUUGUAUCUUUCUCAUUAAAUUAAAACUACAAAAAUCCAGAUGGCUACUAGAGUUUGUAGUCCAGGCACCAUAGCUCUAAUUAAAUACAGUUAUUAAAUACAACUUAACAAUAUUGAUCCUUUUAAAAUAUAUUUGAUGCUUUACUCUUCUCCAAAACCAUUAUGAAUGCUAAGAAAUUUGUGUGUGUUAGGGGGGUGUUUGUCUACAAUGGUGCUAUAUUAGCUGCAUUUGCCAUUUCCAGUGGAAUAAACAAGGUUGUGUAUUAGUCCCAAUCCUACUCAGUCUGUUCUUCAUUUGAUGUUGUCACAUGCUGUCCAGGGUCUGAAGGAGGGAGUGUAUGUAUAUCAGGUUGGAAAACUUCCUCUUUUGACCUAUGCCACUUGAAUGCAAACCUAUGCCGCC